UUUUUGUGUAGCGAGCAGCUCUUUUUCAAUACAGCGACAAGUUGUGAUCCUGUGAAUAAUUUAUAACUGAUGUGGAGCUGAACCAGCCAUAGGCCUUCAUGGGGACCCUCUGUACCAGGAUCUUGACAGCUUUCAGACCAGUUAACUAGGUGAAACCAUGGACCACCAGAGUUUACUAUUAAGUGGUCUUGGAGAACAGACACUGAGGAGGCUCAGCAUAUUUCUGGACAACUGCACCAAGAAGGGAUGGAGGAAACUGGCUGAAGUUAUUGGCACAGACAGACGGUUUAAGUGCAGUGAGAAGGAGUUGGAGAUCUGCUCACUGAAGGUUCUUGAGCCAGAUGGAAGCCCAAGCCGCUACUUUAUCCAGUUACUGGCUGAUCGUGGCUGCUCAGUGAGCCAUCUAAUCAGUUGUCUACAUAAGAUGGACCAUACAGAAGCAGUACAGUGCAUAAUAUCAACGGGGUUGCUGAUGCCUGGCCUUACCACAACCCCGGACACUCUUCAAAUCAUCGUACAGCCCAAACAGCAAAGUGCUAUUGUAGGAGACAGGGUUUCUCUCUGCUGCCAAGCUAUCGGGCCUCCAGGUCUUGGCUAUCAAUGGUUUCGAGGAAAGCAUGAGGUCAAGGGUGGAAACUCCUCAAAGCUUCUCUUUAACUGUGUUGACCUUGAUGAUAAUGACUGGUAUGUCUGUAGGGUUCACUGUGGAACCCAGUAUUCAUAUUCCAAAUGGGUCCAAAUCCGAGUUGCCAGCAGUCCAACAACAGCUUUUCCUGCAGCAGGUGGAGUUUGCUUGUCUUUGAGCAGGGUGCACAUUAUGGUGCAGCCCAGCUCCCUGACCCUGAAGGAAGGGGAUACCAUGGUUCUUCCAUGUUACGCCAUUGGUGAACCUCCACCAAAGUACCAGUGGUUUCGGAACAACCGGAUACUGCCUGAGGCAAAUGAACCAUAUCUGAAGAUUAAUGGAGUUACAACUGCUGACCGUGGAGAAUAUUGCUGUCAUGUGUUCAAUCUUUAUCACGAGGCCUGGAGCAAGAUUGUUACUGUGGAGAUAGGACCUAAUACAUCCUUCAAUGGGGCAUUUUUCAUGGGCACUGAUGAAGGUUCCAGUCCAGGAACACAGCUGAACGCUUUCCAUUGGCCUGUCGAGUUCUAUGCAACAGACAAGGUGGCUCUGCUGAUGGGGAACAUGAAUUACUUACAUCACAAGCAGUUGAAGGCUCCAAUGGUGGAUGUGCAUGAGCUUACAAACCUCCUUCGUCAGCUCGACUUCAAAGUUGUGUCCCUCCUCGACCUCACCAGACUCGAGAUGCACAGAGCUGUCAAUGAAUUCUUGUUACUUCUUGACAAGGGAGUUUAUGGUUUGCUUUAUUAUGCUGGCCAUGGAUAUGAAAACUAUGGGAACAGCUUCAUGGUUCCAAUUGAUGCUCCAGGUUCCUUCACAUCCGAACACUGCUUGUGUGUCCAGAACAUUCUACAGCUGAUGCAGGAGAAGCAAACUGGGCUAAACGUCUUCCUCCUUGACAUGUGUCGCAAAAGGAACAUGCAUGAUGAAAUCAUUCCGCAAAUGGAAGCCUUGAGAGUCACUGCAAAUAUUGUCUAUGGUUAUGCCACUUGUCCUGAUGCAGAAGCAUAUGAAAUCAGCCAAAGUGAGCUCACCAAUGGGAUUUUCAUCAACUUCCUGAAAAAGCGUUUAUUGGAGGAUGAAAAAAUCACGGUCCUGCUGGAUAAAGUUGCAGAAGAUAUGGGGAAGUGUGAACUUACAAAGGGGAGACAAGCAUUGGAGAUCCGCAGCAGUCUGUCAGAGAGACGGUCAUUGAGAGAUCUUAUUAAACCACCCAAACAUCAGGACGCAUAUUCAGCGAGGAACCUGCAGUGGGCCAAAGCUCAUGCUCUUCCUGAGAGCAGGUAUGUGCAUUUUGAAUGUGGAGUCACAGUUCGUCUGGGAUUUGCAGCUGAAUUUUCAAACAUUAUGAUUAUUUAUACCAGAAUAGAGCAAACUCAGAAGGACAUCACUAAAUGUGAAGCUAGAUUGGCUGAUUUUUCAGAGGACUUGGACGUAGAUCUCAAACACACAAACAAAGAAUGCCCUGAGGAAACAGGCAGCAUCCUCUUCACCAUCAAGAAUUUUGACUAUCCAGAUAAGUGCCUGUACACCAGGCUGAGUGGCCUGCAGAAACUAAGGGCCAUUUCAUGGGCAAGAAAGACUACUCUGGCUUUCCAAAUUCAGACUUUGUUGCCAAUAAAUUUGACUCUGAUCUCACGAGGGACAUUCAAAGACUAAAGAACAGAGCACUCCUCCAAGAUCUCAUCAGAUACCUCCCAUCAUUAGUGAAGCAUGAGACCUGGGACAGAGCUAACAAUUACAAAGAACAAGCAACAGUCAGCAAAAAUAGCAUAAGGCUGCCAGUUAUUCUUCAGCAGUUCUCCAGAAGGAGGCAGAGAGCAGAAUGAACCAUGGAUUCACAUAAAUCAUUAUAAAACACAAAUUAAGGUGUUCCCUUCUGUUCUACAGAUGUUGAGUUUUAUUCAAACUCAGAGUUAUUUCAAUCAACUUUAAAUAAUUAUUUCAGCCUAAAAUAAAUGUUUUUCACUUCUUAAUGCUUUUCUUUGCUGAAUUUCUUCCGUCGUCUUCUGAAGACACACUGGUUGUUGCUGGGUUACAGUUCCAGGGAAACUGACACUAUGGCUCCCUAGGCCAGGGCUGGAUUAGGCGAAAGUGAGGACUGCAGAUGCUGGAGAUUAGAGUCAAGAGAGUGGUGCUGGAAAAGUACAGCAGG